AUGUACAUACAAGUGAAAAACAAAUGCACUGCAUAAUUUUUAUUUUUUAAAUAAAGUAAUUUUUGUGCAAAAUCAAACUGCAAAGUGCAACAAGGCGCCAGCAACAUAAUUUACUAUAGCUAAAUGUAUGUAUGCAUACAUAUGUACAUACAUCUACAUAUAUACCCACAUAUAACUACAUACGAUUUUUGCGCUCAAACGGUACAGUUAUCUGCGAAUUCUGCUGACUUUUAGUGCAACACAAGAGGUUUUCUAUGCAUUUAUUGCAACGGCUUAGUGCUUACCGGACACCAUCGAUGAAACAUCUCUUUAGAAACAGUAAUUAAAGUGAAGUUUCCUGCUAUUUGAACAACAAUUAAAGAAUAUUCUUCAUAUCGAGCUUAUGCCUAAAAAUUAAAGCAUCUACAAGUACCACCUAACUUUCUCCCAGCUGCGAAACCCACCCACCAUAAACCGCAUAAGAAUGAGUACUUCCGCUAGCAUAAAGUCACAGCUGCUGCUUUACGCGCUGCUCACCAUCACCUGCUUAUGCGUCACGGCACAGUUACCCGCGACAGGCUCUUCAAAUUGUGGACCCAAUUUUCCACCGGCCUGCCUUUGUGGACGCGAGCUGUACGAGGGCAGCAUCAGUUACAUUGUAAACUGCACGAAUACGGGCAUCCAUAACACCAGUGUGCUCGAGUUCAUGCCGGACGAGGUGGAAAUUUUAAUUUUCACCGGUAAUAUUGUGCCCGAACUGCCAUGGAAUGUAUUUGGCUCGAUUAAUGACUACAAAAAUCUGAAGAUUGUCGAUAUGAGCAACAAUCACAUACGUGAAAUACGUGGCAAAUCCUAUCAUCAUGUGCAAAAUGUGGAGCGUUUAAUAUUAAAUCACAACAACUUGAGCAUUUCACGCGAGGAUGACGAGGUCAAUCACCAUCAUCCACGCGUGUUUUCGAAUUUCCUAAACUUGCAAAGUCUACACCUGACCGACGCGUUCGCUGACAAUAGUUCGCCACAGCUUAGUGAAGAUUUACAUGAUAUUUUCGUGAACAGUCAGCUGAACAAGUUGCAGAAAUUACAUUUGGAGCAAAACGAAAUCACACACUUCAAGGAUCGCAAUGUCUUCUGUGAUCUGCCGAGUCUGCGCGAUUUACACCUGGGCGACAAUCUACUCAAAGAUAUCAAUUUUGAGGUGCGUUGCUUGAAAAAUUUGCGCUUUCUCGAUUUGGAACGCAACAAAUUCGAAUAUGUGAAGACACACGACAUGAUGCUACUCAACGAACUGGAGACGCGCAGCGAUCGCACCACCAAUCUCAUUGUCGACUUCAAUCUCAAUCCAUUCCUUUGUGACUGCAAAAUCAGCUCCUUUCACACCUGGAUACUGUCGACAAAUGUAACGGUACGCAAUAAGAAUACGCUAAUGUGUUAUCACAAUGAUGUGGAGCCACUACCGAUCAUGGAGUUGAAUAUGGACGGCUGUGCGGCAGCGGUAGCGGCUGCAGCCAUGAUGUUCAACACCGCUACAGAUGCGCACUAUGGCGGCAACGGCAUAGAACAGAGCAUAGGCGCAGAGAGCACGGCAGCCGGACGGCCGCACAUGAAUCAGCACACAGUGACACUAAUCUUCCUGCUGAUUGUUUUGAGCAUGAUUUUGUUGGGGCUGGUGGUGGCGCUGGUGUAUGUGAGUCGUGAGCGCAUUAAGUACAUGAUAACACCGGUGUUCGAUAAUGUUGCCAAGAAGGUGCAAUACACAUCGAUCAAAGACGAGGAUUGUCCGGAAGUGUAUGUUUAAGGCGCGCAAACCGCUGCAUAAAAAUCGAAAAACAAAAAACACAAACGAGCGUUAAAAGCAACGAAAGGCCAUAACUGACAGUCAACAAUGACAAGCGACUAGCAUGACAGUUUGGGAGCUGGUGUGGUGAUUGGGAAAAAUAUGAAAACCACCAAUUAGUAGAUAACACAGUUCGAUUGCCGCUGUCGGGCAGUUUAAACAGCGAUAACGUGGAUUUUUUUUACUAAUAUAAAAUUGAAUUUGUGCCAUUUAAAGACAAGAAAUCAAACAAAAAGACGCAAUGAGUAUAGUUGCAGAAAUUAUAAUAUAUACAUAUAUACAAACAUGCACACGUAUGUUAAGGGCAGCUGGCGCAAGAAAUAGCGUUAGAUAGAAAUGUUAUUUGAAAUAUGUAUGUGUGGAGUAGCAGUGUCACAGGAAUUGCUGAAAGCCAACGUCUAACAAAUAUGUAUAUGUAGAUAUAUAUACACGCACAUACAAACAUAGACAUUAGUUUAUAACCAAACUACAUACACAUACAUACAAACAUAGUAGGUAUUUAAUAUUUUCACAGCAGAACAUGAACAUAUCACAGCAGCAUUUGUAAACAGCAAAACUUAUAUAAUUAAAGAUGAAAAAAUUAAAUUAAAAUGAACAAUAAGCUCAAUAGAAAGAAAAUACUACAAUUUAUUAUAAGUACUUUACUAAUUUCAAGCAUGUAUUGGUGUAUUUAAGUUUUUAAGCUAAGUGAAGUGGUGACCUAUGUGCAAUUCUAAAAGAGAUCUUUGGCAUUUUGUCAUUUGAAAAUAUUUUUAUUAAAAAAAAAAUAAUGAAAAAAACACUACAACAAAAGCAUGUGGCUAUUUUUAAUUAAAACUAAUAAUUUAAUGAUUAAAUUUCAUAUAAAUGCAUAUAAACGCUGAAAAAUGAAAAAAAACGCGAAACGGAUACGUAAUUUAUACUACACUACAUUGGCUGUCAAACUGCAGAAAUUUUACAAUUUCAUUGAAUUUUCGCACACAUGCAUGCUUAUAACAGUGCCACAGACAGUUAGCCCUGCUUCCGACAUAAUCUAUUAACUAUAACGAUAACUAUUUUUAUUAUUUUCAAUGAGAAGAAGAUUUUUUUUCGCGCCAAAUCGCAAACGUUUCAAGGGUUAUAUGGGUUUCCUGGGGUAAAAAACAGCCUUUUUUCAACAAUGUUUUUCUCAUAUAGAAAAUGAAAUAUUUUAUUAGAACUUUUUAUUGUU